GUCUCAAGACUAGCUUUGUUUACACGAAGAGGAAAGCUUCGGAAAACCCAACCCAACAUAAGAGAAAAGGAAAAUCCUUUGCUUUCUCCUUCCCCGCAGUUUACCAAACCUUCAAAAACCCAGAAAACAGCUCAGGUUCACAAUAUUCACCAUUGUUUUCUCACAUCACGGUGUCCCUUUUCCGGAGAGUACGAAAUUUCUCUUCUCUUCGUCUGUAACUUGAAGAUUUUUGAUACCCAUCUGGAAUAGAGGGGGAGCAGUGAGCAGUCCUUUUCUGGGCUUCAAUGGCGUGCCCCAGGAACUCAAUCCUGUACAACGGCACCCACUGCGCUUGCCCAGUUGGGUUCUUGCUCAACCGCACCACCAAUAGCUGUGCGGUUUUUGCGGCGAGCUCCGAGAUUGAAACGGAUUCUGGGCCUGGAGUCGACUAUUUCGCUGUUACCUUACCGGAGACUUUCUUUUCCUUCGACACCCUUAAGAAGUUUACCAAAUCUCAGGCCGUUUUCUUGGAGGCCACGCUUGUGAUGUUGUUGUCCUGGCUUUUCUUUUGCUUGUUCUUGCGGUUUAUGAAGCUUGAUGAUGGGAGCAGCAUUUGGUUUAGGAUUAGGUGGUGGCUUAGUCGGUUGGAUGUCUGCUUUGCUACCAGGCAUUGGCUGGAUGAUCAGAAAUUGGUUGUGAAAAGGAAAACAGAACUUGGUGGAACUUUCUCAAUUGCAAGCUGGAUACUAUUCACCGGUUUGUUUGCUGCGUUGCUGUAUCAAGUUAUCUCAAAGAGAACAAUAGAGGUGCAUAAUGUGAGAGCAACUAAUGCUCCUGACUUAGCAUCCUUCACCAAUGACAUGGAAUUUGAAAUAACUACCGUUUCUAGUAUGAGCUGCUUGAACUUACGUGUUCCUACUACUUUGGUUAGUGGAAGUUCUGGCUUCAUCAACCAGAAAGUCACUUCCCUUUCGAGUUUUCUGAAAUAUUCCUGUCGGAACACUAGUAUGGGGCCAGCCAUAACAUUCAGGUGCAACAAUUGCCGUCUCACUCAAGACUAUAUGUCCAUUUCGUGGCAGUUUGUUGAUCUACCAAAUAAUCCUGCAUCUGCUGUUGGCUUUCAGUUCAACUUAACUGCAACAGAUCAUGCCAACAGCAAGCAUGUGAGUUUUGUAAGGGGAACAUUGAAGAAUGGAAGCAAUCUUGAUAAUAGUCCAGUCACAUUCAGAGGAGCAGAUGAAAAUAUAUUGAUAUUUAAUUUAUUUCCCCGAAUAUAUCGCAACUUACAUGAUCUGAGGCUAAUCCAACCUCUGUUUCAUGAAUUUGUCCCUGGUUCAGUUUUUAAUGAGACCUCUCAGCUCCAAGCAUCUCUUGGGAAUUCUAAUGAUGGACUGAUCAACACCACUUUAUACAUCAACUAUCUUUCAGCCUAUGUCAUUGAGAUUGAAAGUCAAACUGUAAUGGGUCUUGUGAGCUUUCUAGCAGAUCUUGGUGGCCUAUAUUGCAUUAGUAUUGGAAUAUUUCUUUACCUCUUGGUGCAAUUUGAAUACAGAAUAAAAAAACUCCGCAAUGAAGAUACCGUUUUAAGAGGGAUCAGAAAUCGAAGAAAGGCUCAAGAACACUGGGAUAAAUUGAGAAAAUAUGUAAUGUACACAUGGGGAUCCAGCAUAAUGAAUGAUGACCACAUCCACACCCAAAAGGGAACAACUUGUUGCAGUUUCAUGACUUCAUCAACUCACAGUAAAGGACCAUUCCCUCUCCAAGGAAGUUCAAGAAAGCCAAAGCAGCAAAAUAUUAAGGAUGCCAUCAGCUUUAACAAGAAAGUCAGCUUUCCUAGUGAGAAGAACACAAUUCUAGAACACACACAAGCUCAGGAAGUGAAAUCUUCUGCAACAGGAACUACAUCAAACUCUGACACGAGGUUGCCAAGUUCAAGGAGUGAACCUCCCUUGAAACGUGGUAUACCUGGACCUGCAAAUGGCAAAGAAAAACAUUUUGUUCCAUUACUGAACACAGUUGCCUUCCAGCAUCAAGCCUUUUCUCUUGGCAGUGACAUCAUUCCUCCACCACCACCACCACUAGAACUGAAGGAUGACUCUGAGGUUGAGAUGUCAGACAUCAAGAAGAAUUUCCAAUGUUUGUAUGAGUACAAUGUAAUGCUGCGGGAGAAGUUUGUAGCUACACAAUCUUUGCUUCAUGCUUUAGCAGCCACAUCCUUGUCACCUGCAACAGAAAGCCAUAAAUGAUAUAUUGGUUUAGUCUUGCUCCUCUUGACUUCACCGCAGUCAUAAAAGAACCACGAAGAAAUUCAUGCUUCGGAAGAAGACUGAGUUAAUUCAACUGAAGCUACAAGGAAUAGCUAGUUGGUUUGGAUGUCAGACUGUUGGCCAGCGCGUUGCAGUGAUACAGAUAAUCUUUGCUGAUAACAGGAUCAGGAUCAGAAAGGCACAUGAUGACACAAUGAUUGCCUCUAAAGCUUAUUCUGUGUAACAUACAAGAGAGAGGAAAGAUAGAAGUACUAGACAAUGUAUAGAAACAGAUUUGAGGUUGAUUAGUUAGGUCAAUAGGAUACACAUGGUUUCAUUACUGUAGUUAACAUUUUUGGAUAGCUUGGGUAAUGAUUGCUUUUAAUUAUUGUCAACUCAAUAUGAACCUUAUAUGGGAGUUGUGUCAGGUAUGGACCAUGAGUCCAUGACACAACAAUAUUUAAGAAGCUACACUGCAUGCAUUAUCUUAUAAAUAAGUGGAAAUUCUGUUCGAGGAUUGAAAACAAUGGAAAUCAUUCCACAAUCAAAAGGAGUUAACAAAUACCAAAGAGUAAUCAGUAGCUGGAAGUUUUGCAUCAGCAGGAAGAUGUUUUACCGCCUCAAUGAUCCCAAAGAAUAAUCAGUAGCGAUUUUUUUUGUGUGUGAAUUGCCUUUAAUAUUAAUACGUGGAUCUUUUGAUUGACCAAAAAAACAAUAAUACUGUUGUUUGUGGUUUAUGUAGGCAAAGAAUGGAAGAAUGCAGCAGCUUGUUCCUUGUGAAAUAGCUUCUAAAUUUUGGUUUAGUUGUUUUGCAUGUUGGGUUAUAAUAUCAAGUUGUGCCAAAUUCAUUUUAUAAAGUCUUCAUCCAGCA